UUUUAAAAAGGCUGCAGCCUUAUCAAACCAUAUUUAAUCUUAGUGGCUAAAUUGCCAUCGUUGCGCAAAGCCCACACUUGUCAUACGACUGCGACUGAAAUAUUCCCUCCUGCUCCUUUCCAGCGGGAAAAGUAGAGAGAGAAACACCAUUUUCAGGUUCCUCUACAAGCAAGAAAACUAGAGAGAGAAACACCAUUUUCAGGUUCCUCUACCAGCAAAAAAACUAGAGAGAGAGAGAGAUAUGGCGAGGGAAGAGUGUGUGUGUGUGACCGGAGGUAGCGGGUUCAUUGGCUCAACCCUUGUUCGCCUCCUUCUCGACCGAGGUUAUACUGUUCGAGCCACUGUCCAAGACCUCAGAAACGAAAAGGAGACGAAGCACCUGCAAGGAUUAGAAGGUGCGGAAAGCAGACUGCGCCUCCACCAAGUGGACCUUCUCAACUAUGACUCACUCUUUGCGGCCAUUGAUGGCGCCGUUGGUGUCUUUCAUCUCGCUUCCCCCUGCAUUGUCGAUGAAGUCCGCGACCCCAAGAGGGAGCUUCUGGACCCUGCUAUCGAGGGCACACUCAAUGCUCUUAGGGCGUGUAAAGCAGCAGGCGUUAAGCGAGUGGUGGUCACAUCCUCCAUCUCUGCAAUCAUCCCCAGCCCUAAUUAUCCUGAUGAUGCCAUCAAAAAUGAGGAUUGCUGGACCGAUCUCGAUUACUGCAAGCAAAAUGGGGUCUGGUAUUCGGCUUCAAAAACAUUGGCUGAGAAGGCAGCGUGGGAUUUUGCAAAGGAUGAGGGCUUGGAUGUGGUGGUCAUAAAUCCAGGAACAGUGUUUGGCCCAAUUUUACCACCCCGACCCACCAUUAAUGCUAGCAUGGCCAUGCUGCUUCGCCUCCUUCAAGGUUGUACUGAAGGUUAUAAGGAUUUUUUUAUGGGUUCUGUACAUGUUAAUGAUGUGGCAUUAGGGCAUAUCCUGUUAUAUGAGAAUCCAUCAGCUUCAGGAAGGCACUUGUGUGUUGAGUCCAUUUGUCACUGGAGUGACUUUGCUGAUGCAGUUGCUAAAGUCUACCCGGGAUACAAAGUGCCUAGGUUCACGGAAGUUACUCAACCUGGGUUGUUGAGGGUGCAAAAGCCAUCAACAAAGCUGAUUGACUUGGGCCUGAACUUCAUCCCAAUGGAGGAGAUAAUUAAGGAUGCAGUGUCUAGUUUACAAGAGAAAGGAUACCUGUCUUGACGAGGUUCUUGUGGUAAACCGUUCUCACAUGUGGCCCUUAAUAUCAUUAGAGCCUGUUAAAUUAGAAGUUGAACAUGUUCGAUGCAGUAAUAAUUUCAGAUACAGAUAUACAUCCCCUCUUGUAGGACCUUUUAGAGGACAGUGUCCUUGUGUCUCUGUUUGGAGUUGUGCUUUCCUUGUAACUUGUUCCGAAGGCCAGUAGAAACCAAUUGAAAUGGGUCAAUGGUUACUGUUAAAUCCUUCUCAUGAUAGUUGCAUCA